AUGAUGCUGACAGAGCCCUCCUUCACCUUUAGCUUCAGCUAUCCAAACGGUGAACCUCAGACCCCCACGAGGACCCCCCCGACUACAACAAUCUUCGGUGAUUCGGCGUUCCAGACUCCCAAACUCGAGUCCAGCUUCUUCGAUCCCAGAGUCACCUGGGAUACCUCCGACCCCUAUGCCUCGAGCCCCGAGUUCCUCCGCACCCCCCAGAAGUUCGGGCUGGGCACCCCGGUGAUCAAUCCCCUCCGCCUGCCGGACACCGCUCCCGACCACUUGGCAGACACAGAAGGACCCCUGCGGGGGAUCAAGGCGGAACAGGACACCGAUACAGCCAAGAGACGUCGUCCGUCAAGGCCCAAUUGCAUCGUGGGGGAGGAUGGUCCUCGCACAGUGGAUUCGGCCAAAUCAGCUGCCACGAUUCAGACCCCCCCGCCUAGCAGUGCUUCGAGGAAAAAGGUGACGGGACUUGAAGAUGCCGCUGGAACGGGUCGACGACCGUCAGGGUCCAGUCUGGUGGGCGGCCAUUUGGAGACUCCCAGUCGGUUAAUGGGGGCUUCACCGCGGCUCUUUGGCGACCUCCAGUCGUCCCCUGACCCGUUUCAACUGGCAUCGAUAAAUCCGUCCGGGUCUCCAUUCUUUCCGCAGCAGAGGCUAUUCUGGGACCAGGACUUCGAUCACCAUGCGGGCAACAUGGGCCUGUCGGCCACCACCGGGGUCAACCUUUUCGAUUCACACACACUCGAUACCUACCACCUCAAUCAAAAUCACAUUCAGGACUCUCAUAUUCCACAAUUACCCCCCAUUGAAGGAAACAUGGAUAUCCCUGAGUUCAAUGGCAGUACAUACAACAUCUCAUCGGGAGUUACCACGACCGAUGCCGCCCUAUUUCCCGCGCCCUUCUCAACCUCCCCUCGACGUCCUAUCACCAAGACAGAGGACCCAGCUAUGUUCCUAAGCUCUCCCGCCCGCCGGUUUGGGGGUCCUCAGCCGAGUCCGGAUAAGAGGCUCUUUUCCCGGCCCACUCGCCAACCCUACCAUCACCAGACGGAGGAGUCCAAGCGAGAGGAGCUCCGCCGUGCUCAAAGCGUCACCCAACAUAUCCCAGUGUAUGAAGAUGAAGAGGAUGAUUACACCCCCCGACAAACGCGACCCUCCCUGACUCGCAGUCUAACACACAGUGCCGUCACCGGAAAUGCAUAUCGUUCUGGGUCUGGCGGUAUGGCUUCUAGCAAUGGAAUUCGGAAGAGUCCCUCCAAGGGUCGGUCCUCUCCAAUUAAACCCUUCCGCCAGCAGCUCUCGAGGGCUAACUCGGUGGCCUCUACUCUUCCCACUCGUUCCCAGUCCGUAGUUCUGAAGAUUGGCAAGGACGGUAGGGCAAAGACGGAGAUGCAGCCCGUGCCCGAGUCAACAGGGCUGACGGAUCCCGUCACUGGGAUGGACCUCGAUGGCUCCGCCACGGAAAGCGAGUAUGACUCGGUAGACUUUUCUGAAUACCCCACCAUCCCCAGCCGCAAUCCCUCUUAUGCCUUCUCCGAUGCCAGUGGGGCGACGAUUGCCCGCAGCGAAUCCGGCUCGCGACCCCAUUCCAAGGGCUCCUACACCUCUACGGCCGCUUCGUCUUCAGGACGGGCGUCCCCUUGGGGGGGGAAUGGUCGAGGGCCUUCCAGACGACCACAGUACAAACCUACGUUGGAUGACUGGAAGCGGACCCCGAAAAGACAGUCGACGGUAUUGCACUCGGAUCUGUCGUAUGUUAGCGCCGGAUCGCUCGUGGAGCCCUUUGCAGAACCGGAGAACGACAGCGGCGAUGCCCAACACGCACUGCGAAAGGUCCUCCAGGAAAGAGGCCGGAUCCCUCGCCCGCACACUGUAAGCUAUGGCUCGCGUGCUAGCCGCGGCGCACGCUCCCUGGCCCAUCUGCGGUCGUCUCCGCCGCGUUUUGGAGCCGAGCUUGACCUCGCCUCACGCACGACCAAUACGUCCCCCACGACUAUGACUGACCCCGACCUUGCCACGCCCAUCACCGACCGCUUCAGCAACCCAAGCAAUGGAACCAGAUGCAUCUGCAAUUCCAUGGACAACGGUGGCCACUUGAUGAUUCAAUGUGAAUCCUGUAGCCACUGGCUGCAUACGAAGUGCGUUGGUCUGGAGCGGGCCAAUCUGCCGUCGGUCUAUGUCUGUCUCUUCUGUGCCCAGACUCCCACCCGCAAGAACAACCGUAUCCGGGUGCCCGUGGGAGCUGUUGAGCCUGCCCCAACCUCACCUCUCGCUCAUAAAUCCUACCGAUUCCGAUGAAAGUAACGACCCAGCGUCCCCUUGGCGCCUUUCACUUUUCUGUGUACCAUUCCCCUCCCCCCGGGUUCUUGUACGACUUUGUGCCGGUCUACUUCCCGGGUGAGUUCUUUAUGCAUGGAGUCUUGCCACGGCAGGCCAUGCCUCUUUUCUUGCCGACCGGGUCUCCUUUGUUCCUCUAUGCGCCCGAGCUUAGACAUACCCUUUUCCUUGAGACAUGCCGCUCCGUCCAUUGACGGCCAUGUAUUCGCAUCCCAGCUGAAGACUGGAUGUUUCCUAAUUGUCCUAUUAAUGGCGGUGAAGCCGAG